CUAGAGGUUGAAAUAGAUUACUUUGUAAGAUGAAUUUUACCGAUGAUUCUAAGCGAAUUUAGCCCAUUAGAAUGGUCGCAUUUAAAAUGCCGUCGGAGCACAUUUUCAAUGUGACUAAGAUAGAUUAUGUAUGGCAGAAGCGAUGGAGUCCGUCCGGAGCCGGUCGCGUCCGCGAGGAGCCGACCGGCUUGCGGCCGUACAGUACAAAUGUGCAAUGCGCGCCGACUCCGUCCGUUCGGUGGGAAUCGUACUUCAGAAAUGCCAGAGACGUUUAAGAAGUCAACGCUAUUAUUUCGGCCAAUAAUACAACACCUCAAUAUCUAUACAAAAACCUUCCGCCGGUUUGCACGAUAAAAAUAAAAUUACAUUUGUAACUCUCUCAAGCCUUGACUUACCGGAAAUGUAAAAUGUGUUACAAUAUCAAGGAUUAUUAUAUCAUACAAAGUCUUGCAUGUAAACUUUCUCAACGCAUUAGUAAAAGUUUUAUAGCAACUAUUAAAAAUCAGGUUUCGAAAGGCCUUUCGGAAAAUAAAUCGAGUCGUAAAAUGCAUUAAGCAAUAACUGUCGCAAAGUAAAGCCAACUAAACAUUCCCAUUGCUGCAGUAAAAUAUCGAAUUUAUUACUUCAAGUGCAGCUCGAGUAACGAGAUCUCGUAAAAACACUUUCAGAAAUAACGGCUGCGACGGAAACAGCAUUAUAUAGUGAAGUGCAGAAAAGAUUCGAUAUGUUAAAGUGCUCGUUAAUAAUUAAAGGUUUGAUACAUGCUUUGGUGGUUCUCUUUGCGUUCAAGACUGCCAAUGCAGACGAAAACUCAGUUCAUCUUAAGGACAUAUAUACCAUCAUCGAAAACCUCGUAGGGCCGAUUCUGAAGACCGUCAAUAUACAAGUUUAUGAAGACGAUUUCAAUGAUAUGGAAGCUGUAACUCCAAACAAAAUUGAGAAACAAGACAACACAUUACAAAAUGGUAAUAAAGAUAAAGAUACGGAGAACGAAAUAUCCCUUACAGAUUACAGCCAAGAAAAAGUUAUAGAUGACGUUGUAAAGAAUCUACAAGACUCUUCUAUAUUAAAGAACGUUGUAACACAAGACAAAAUACAAAGAAGAUUUAAUAGCGAUACUACCGACGAUGAAGCACUUACAGAGGACAGUGAAGAAACCAUUAUAUUACAAGGUCAAAGUUCAGCCGAAGUUCAUCCUAAUAGAAGGAAUAUUGAUCCAAAACCAAUAAUAACCAACAUUACCAUUGACCGUUCUGAAAAGUAUAAGCAAUUGCAACAUAAAAUAGGAAGUUUGUUAAAUAAAGAACAAAUAUCUAAUGAAACGAAAAGUUUAAUAAGCAAUGCUUUCGAUAAAGUGAUAAAUCAGAUGAAUAGCAAGUGCAUUUUCAGAACAUCUGAAGAUCUGUCGUCAAAAAUUAAGUUCAGAGUAGGCAAACCUGAACAGGCAGCCGUGAAGUCAAUGUUAAAGAUAUACAAAAGCCAGUUCAAUAAGCUUAUUGAUAGAUAUCGUUUUAGCAGCAAAGAAAACUCAAAGUUUCUUACGAAUUUACGGGAAUUGUUUUUUGAAAUGCACAAUUCUUUCAAAAAAUUUACCAUGCAAGACGAUCUACAAUGCAAUGCUGUUGAUGUUGGUAAAAAUAAAUCUAAAAAGCAUAGCAAUAGCUCUAAGCUUUCUGGAUUGCUUACUACCGUUACCCAGAAAUCCAUACUUCGCGACCAACAUCAUGCUACCGCGUGUCAAAUUAAUUCAAUCUGCCCCUUUGAAUUAAAAAUGUUUUUAGCUGAUUUUUCAGCCAAAGUUUUAGAUACGAUCGAUCUAGUUUUUAAUAACUACAGAAAGAUGUAUCUACUCGACGUAUCUAAAGAAAGCAGCGGCGAAGAAAAACAGUUUUUGCAGGUUAUGAUGGAUACAAAUAAUCUGGUAAAUAAGAAAUUUAACGAAUCGUUUAUAAACGAAAUUAAUAAACUUAAUAUGGAUGCUUUUCCUGAGAUUAAUGCAAAAGUGGCAAGACUCCAUAAAUUUAUUGAUGCGAGUGUGAACCAUGUUAAAAUGUUAGUUAAUGAUGCUUUAACAGACGAAUUACCCAGAAUACCGAAUAAAAUGCAAAACACGGUAAAAACAGAUAUUAUGACUACUACUGAUAUAGAACUGGCAAAAUAGAGGGCAAAAGAAGUAGAGGAAGAAGGAAGCUAGCCUGAACGGAUAAUAUUAAAAGCUGGACUCAUAUUAAUGAAGAAGAACAACAAGAAGAAGAUGACAACUCACCCCACACGCAUAACAGCCGUAGGAGCAUUCCACAAGACAGUAGACCUUCAGGUUGGGGACGUGACGCGUAUGAUAGCUUCCUUAAUAAUCUAAGUUUUCUAAUAUUAUAAUGAGUAAUGACAAAUAACGGUUUCUUCACGUCAUCAGAAGUGUUAAAAAAAUAGCGUCACGUAGGUAUCUGACACACACACACUGGAACACUUGUGUCUAUUUUUAGGGUUCCGUACCAAAAAGGUUAAAAAGGUACCGUUAUGGUGCGACUCUGUCCGUCCGUCCGUCUGUCACAUCGUUAAAUAUCUCGAGAACCACUUAAGCUAUCGAUUUGAAAUUUUGAAUAAUUAUGAACAACGCUAACCUAGACACAUUGAAAGUAUUUUUAACAACUAUGGAAAAUGCCCAAUAUGAAGAGAGGGCAAAAUUUCAAAGUGUAGUAGUGACUAUAGGUCAAGUGGGGUAUCAUUUGAAAAAUUGAUUAUACCAAAACAGUUUUUUAUAUUUUUUUCAUAGUGGAAAAAAAAGAUUUAUGAAGAAAAAUUAAAAAAAAAAUACCAUACCUCCCCCUUAUCUCCGAAGUUUAGCGAAGAAAAAUUGUGAUUUUUACAUAAUAUUAACAUUAUUAUAAAUUUUACAGGAAAAUAUAACCUUUAACAAAAAAUAUUUCCUAAUUCAGUUUGCAAUUUAACCAACUUUACGUGUGUUUAUUACUCUGGAAAUUUCUACGAGAUUACGUUAAAGACACCUUUUUCAAAUAAAAGCAUAAUUUUUGAAAUCGGGUCACAUGAUAGAGAAUUAUCCUCGAAAAACCAACAUACUUGCAUUACAUCGCGUAAAUUAGUUAGACUAUUUGCCGAUAGCUGUACACAAAUUUACUUAGCAUAGGUACUUCUGAUCAAGUCUUUCGCCUUUAUAGCUACACGAGAUAAUUCAAAGUUUGUUCGGAACCUUCGGUGCGAGAGUAAAACGAACUCGCACUUGGCCGGUUUUUUUUUUAAGUAGGUAUGCUAAAGCCAUUGGAAAAUUAAUGUGGUCCAUAUUACGUACUCAUAGUCUGGAUUAAAAACCUAGUGUUCCAUAUAAAUUACCAUUUCAUUUUAAGUCUUAAAUUUGACAAAUUUUAAAUUGAAAAGAAUUUUGUUAGACACAUCGUUCCUUUAUGUGACUUUUGUUAUAAUUGAGUAAUACUGAUUGGUACUAAUUCCAGAUCUGUUGACGCGUGGUGGGGCAAAGCGCACUUCAUAUUCGUAGUUUGAAACAACGUGAAUUAAUAAAAAAAAAUUUUGUAA